CUAAAUCUAGUGUUUGGUCUUAAAUGUGUCUCUCUUCUAAUGUGGCGCAAGUUAAAUUUCCAUUUUGUUUCAGGUGUUCCCAUCGCUGCAAAGCCUUGCUUCCCUCAGUGUUUACAAGUUACAAAAGUUAUUGAUUGUAGAAGUCUUCUGUUCCUUUUGGCAGUAUCUUUUGGCCUUCAAGGCGUUGAGAACAAACCAGAGCUCAAAACGGGUGCACUCUGUUGUAUCGUGGCCUCAAGGCCAUUGGUUACAACAAAAUUGUCACCCCGCAGCGCAAGGGAUAUUCCUCAAUCAAGUCAAGCCGAUGCCUUGCAAUGGCGGACGAAUUUCAGCUUCUCACCUGCUGGCUUGGAACAAGAAACGCGCGAUGAGAGUCCCGCUUUUGCAUUCUACUCAAGCAGCAGUAGACAGAGAAAAAGUUUGGAAUUCAGGUUUCAGGAAUCGCCAAGAUGGGCUUCAAACUCAUCUGCUUCUGGUGGGAAUGAACAGAAAACCUCCAUUGUUGAUAGUAUACCAAGACCAACUAACUCAAAUCCUCAAUGCUUAAACGAGGAGAACGGUUUUGAUAGAGAGAGUACAGCCAUCUCAACGAGUUUCAGAUCUUUGCUGUCUCUUUCAGAGUCAUCUGCCCCAUGGGAGACUCCAAGCAAGCAGUCUUCCAGCCUUACUCACUGCUCUUACCCUCGAGUCUUCUGCAACCCGGUUUCAGUUUGUGAGAAUCCUGAACCCGAUCAUACACAAGAAGAUUCGUCCACAAAUCUUGAUUCCAGUUUCAUGAUGUCCACAAGAAACCACCAAGUAGAGGAAGAAGUAUCACCAAACUCGAACAGCAAUGACAUGUUGCUAGAUGUUGAAAGGCCCAAUGAUACAGAAGUCGAAAACCCGAGAUCUGAACCAGGUUCAAUGACACAUCAGAGAUGCGGCAUUUGCAAGAAGCUUUUAUCUCAGAAAUCUCCAUGGAGCUCAUACAAGAUACUGAGAUCCAGAGACAUGCCAGCCGCUGGUGUUUUCCCCUGCCAUCACGUCUACCAUGUGGAAUGUUUAGACAAAGUGACUCCAACAGCUCAAACCCGAGACCCGUCUUGUCCUGUAUGCUCAAACACCAUUGGAGCAAUGGAACAGCCACUGAUAGCACCAGAAACAUUGCAAAUGGCUCUAAGAUCUCUCAGAAGAAGCCGCACAGCUUUGGAAUUAGAGACAGUAAGUAUCCCUUGCAAUAACAAUCAAAGAAGACACAGAAGCCAGAAAUGGGAAAAACUCAGCUGCUGUUUGAAUAUAAGCUUCUCAUCUUCUUCCUAGAAUCCAACAUGACCCGAUUCUAUUAGGUUCUUCUACAACCCUUACUUGGAUCUAAUCCUAGUUAACCAUAAUUUGAUUCAGUACACGCCAUCAUAACAGAAAGGCAGAAUCUUUUUGGUGUCUCUAGAGAAUGUUUAGGAAACUACAAACAGAAGCACAUUUAUCUACUUGUAGACCAAUAUAAUUCCUACUCUGUA